GGAGGGUUUGAUCCGCGGGACCGUUUUUGUUCUCUUAUCUCUCACCUGGUUCCUCGCCCGACUUCCCUUCGUCAUCGCGCGUCACGCUGAUCCAGUGUCGAGAAGUGGAUUUCUUUCAAUUUUUUCUGGAAUUUAACAUUCUCGGUUUUACUCGUUAAAGGAUACUUAUUGAGGAAGGAUGUUGCGUUCGAUAACGCAAAAAUUUGCGUUCCUCUAUAAGCCUUACGCGUUGGCUCUAAUGUCAAUCGGCUAUAUCAUAGCAGAAUUGGGCCAUUUUCUGAUAGGUGUGACGAGCAAAGCGGUCGCCGAGGACUUGCAUUAUGGUGACAUAUCCUGCCAAUUUAAUUCAACGACGCUGACGGUGGCCGAACUUCCGGUGCCAUGCGAAACCGCGGAGAAUUCUACCUACUGCCAAUCCCUGGAAUUGAACGGGUCCUAUUACUGCGAGUGGAAUUACAAUGGCCUCGGUCUGGACUAUCAAAUCUUGGCGGGGCCCAGCUUCAUCGCGGUCUACACGAUCGUCGGUAUUAUCCUGGGAGUCGCGGCCGACAGAUACAACAGAGUGAAACUGCUGACCGUCUGCACUGUAAUAUUCAGCGUCGCAAUCAUCUUGAGCGGAGCUGUGAUUGAAUACUGGCAGCUCGUUAUUCUGCGAAUGCUUCUGGCGGCGGGAGAGGCGGGAUGCAAUCCGUUGGCGACUGGUCUUCUGUCAGACUGGUUCUCGGAAGAACAACGGGGCCUCGUCAUGUCCAUUUUCAAUUGGGGCAUUUAUGGCGGUUACGGCAUCGCUUUUCCGGUCGGUCGGUACAUACCUGGUCUGAACGCCUGGGACCUG